GGCAUAUAAACGUGUUUCACAGAGACCAGAAGUUAGAGGUGCUGUUCAAGCUGACCACAUGGCUUCCUUCAAGUUCUUCAGUUUACUGGUGGUCUUGGUGGUCUCCACCAGCUGCUGGGCCGAGGAGGAGAAAGAACUGUCUGUGUCAGAGCUCCUGUGGAGGGCCAACAAGGAUGUCGUGCACACAAAGGACGAGCCCUUAGUCUUGGAUGACAUUGCUUAUGACAGUGAAGGCGAGAGGAACGCUGACCAGUGCACUUCCAGAGGUUGCAUGUGGCCCAAAUCUGCAGAUGGAAAAGUCUACGUGCCGUACAUCAUCUCCAACCAUUACACGUCUCGUGAGCUGUCCAUCAUUGAGCGAGGCCUGCAGUCUUUCAACGAUUUCUCCUGUAUUCGUUUUAUCAAACGCACCAAUCAGAGAGACUAUUUGACCAUCCAGUCUGUCAAUGGCUGCUACUCCUAUGUUGGUCGCCGUGGUUCAGCCCAGACAGUCUCACUGGACCGUCAGGGUUGCAUUUACCACAGCACUGUCCAGCACGAGCUGCUGCACGCCCUGGGCUUCAACCACGAGCAGUGCCGCUCCGACAGAGACCAGCACAUCCGGGUUCUGUGGCAGAACAUCCAGUCUGGCUUGGCUUAUGCUUUUGACAAGCUCAACACUCUCAACUUGAACACGCCCUACGACUACAACUCUGUCAUGCAGUACCACAGAUACGCGUUCUCUGCAAACAACCAGCCUACAAUGGUUCCCAUUCCUGACCCAAAUGUUCCCUUUGGAACGGCCACCCAGAUGAGCCGCAAUGACAUCACUAGACUCAACACACUGUACAAAUGUUGAACAGGUGCAGCAGUCCUAACAACAUGCUGUAUUUGUUCAAGAUGUUGUCACAAUGAGCCCACAAUAAAACUGGAUGUGAAACUCUU